AUGUCGAACAUAACGGUCUGUGCUCGCUUCAGGCCCCUAAGUUCAAAGGAGAGAAGAGAUGAUGCCGACAGAAUCUGUAUUCGAUGCAUAGACACUGAAACUUUCAUUUUCAAGGAUGAGAAGGAGGAAGAUUUCACUUUCAGCUUUGAUAGGGUAUUCUGUGAGGAAUCUAAGCAAGCCGAGGUCUAUGAAUUUCUCGCCCUGCCUAUCGUUCGAGAUGCUGUUAAUGCAAUCAACGGGACAAUUAUUACUUAUGGACAGACUGGAGCUGGAAAGACUUAUAGUAUGGAGGGGCCAAGUGUUCUGGAAGUUGAUGAGGAGAAGAAAGGGUUACUUCCAAGAGUGGUAGAUGGAAUUUUCGAGCAUAUUAAAUCUUUUGACGAAAUGACAAAGUAUUCAAUCAAGUUGUCAAUGGUAGAGAUCUACAUGGAAAAAGUAAGGGACCUAUUUGAUUUAUCCAAGGACAAUAUACAGAUUAAGGAGAGCAAAGUACAGGGGAUAUUGUUGUCGGGCGCAACAGAGAUAUCUGUAUCGGACCCUUCUCAAGCAUUACAGAGCCUGUCAACAGGGAUAGCUAACAGAGCAGUUGGAGAGACCCAAAUGAACAUUGCCAGCAGUAGAAGUCACUCUGUGUACAUGUUUACCAUCCAGAAAGAAUUCCUUGGAGAUAAGAGGAUGAAAGCUGGAAAACUAGUCCUCGUAGACUUGGCAGGAUCGGAGAAAGUGGAGAAAACUGGUGCUGAAGGGAGAGUUCUUGAAGAAGCUAAAAUGAUCAACAAGUCCCUAUCCGCCCUUGGGAAUGUGAUAAAUGCUUUGACAUGUGGCUCAGGCAGAGCAAACCACAUCCCAUAUCGCGAUUCCAAGCUUACUCGGAUUCUACAAGAUGCACUUGGUGGGAACUCCAGAACUGCUAUAUUAUGUUGUUGCUCACCGAGCCCUUCAAAUGGAUCUGAGAGCCUAUCCACCUUACGUUUUGGUGGGAGGGCAAAGCAUAUCAAGGUAUCACCACGUGUUAGCUGCAAUGAGGAUAAAUGUGCCAAGAAGCACGAAACUCUUUUUGAGAAUAAAGAUGAGUCAAGCGACAGAAUUCUAAACAAGUUGAGGGAGAGAUUGGAUAUUGAAGAUGUAAAAUUACUCGAAGAGUUGUUCAUACUGGAGGGAAUUCUCUUUGAUCCGUAUUCGGUUGAAGAGCUGGAAUCAGACUAUGAAGAUGUUACUUCGCGGACAAUUUCUUCGUUACAACACCACGUGGAAGAACUUGCAUCUAGUGUGAAAGAGCUUAAGAGGGAGAACAGAGCUCUCAAAGCCAGAAUAGCAGCCGCUGAAAAGCAAGAUACACUACACAAAGAAGAUGCCAUAAUUUCAAAUGUUCUGCGCAAGAUUUCAGGCAUCUUCAGUUUCUUCUUCUUCUGGGGUUCACUCUAUUCUGUCGAGGUCCCGAAGUGAAGACUUCAUUCCCAUUCCAUGGUGUUGUAUUACAAACAUAAGGUAUAUGCCAUACAAGUAAAGGAACUACAUAGCAUAUUUCAUGCACUAGUGAUAUCCACAUGACCGGAUGACUUCCAUAAUCUGAUUUUUUUUUUCAUUCCCUUAAAAGUCCGGAAAAUAAGGCAGUACAGAAACAAAAUAAUAAUAAAACCGAAAAAACACAGGUAUUAUGUAAAAAAGUAUGUGCUUAAUGAUAAUACGUAUGAUUUAGCAGCUCAUGCUUAUUCCCAUCCUUGUUAUUGAUAAAAAAAAAUACCACUAGAUGAUCAUCUCUCAAAUCAUCCAUACAAAUCUUAUUUGUUCUAAUCCAGAAGCUUUGCGUUGGUUAUGUGAAUAGCUUUAAGCAUCGAAAUUAUGUCUUUCUAUUUAUAGAUUAUCUCAAAGAAACUAGCUUGUUAAAAUUAUCUGUGAAAGUUGGGCUUCAAUGGCGCGGUUGCCCAAAUUCCUUGAGAUAUAGAACUGCAGAAUCAUCAUGAUCAUCAUCCUCUAACCAAGCUUUCCUGCUCGUGCGUGCAAUACGGGCCUAAUUGGAUGGGUCAAGCGAGGAGUGGCAGAGAAAAGAACAAAGCGAAUUAUUGAAUGCAGCAGGCAGGAGUGUUUGAUUAAAAAAUGAAGAAUGCAGUUAGAGAGAAACAUCCGUUCUGGAGACGUGUGGGUUUUAGUUUGGAAUUCAGGAGGAAGAAG